CGUAUAUCCCAAUCAUCUUAUCGUCGUCCUUUUGAUGCGACUAUUGUCUGCACUGAAACAUGCUAACCACAUAUGCUUAAAAGGCAAAGCUGAAAGAGCUAACAUAAUUGUCAUAUCCCAUGGCGGAAUCAGCCAACCACUGCCAGUCGAUUGAUCCGGCCACCGGCUUUUGUUCUCAAACGAGAACCUUUCACAGUCUCAGGCCGGAAGUACCUCUUCCACCACCUUAUCAGCCUCUCUCCCUCCCACAAUAUACUCUUUCUCUCCUCCGCUCCUCCACCGUCACCACCGGCUGCGGCGACACUACUUUCAUCAUCAAUGCUACUAAAGGCGACAGCCUUUCGUACUCCGAAUUUAUUGCUCAGUUCCACUCCCUCGCUCACUGUCUGCGGAAGAAUUAUUUCCUUUCCGGAAACGACGUCGCUUUGAUCCUCUCCCCGCCUUCUCUUCAUGUCCCCUUGCUUUAUUUCGCUCUUAUGUCAUUAGGAAUCGUUAUUACUCCUGCCAACCCACUCAGUUCCGACUCGGAGAUAGCUCACCAGGUUCAACUCAGUAAACCGGUUAUUGCCUUCGCCACCUCGACGACCUCUUCCAAGCUUCCGUCUCUCAAACACGGAACAAUCCUCCUCGACUCGCCCGAGUUCAUUUCGUUCUUAUCCGAACGAAAUGUGGAUCCUGACGUCAUUAGCCGAGUCCAGGUGAGCCAGCAUGACACGGCGGCGGUCCUUUAUUCUUCGGGGACCACCGGCCGAGUCAAAGGCGUGAUGCUGAGUCACCGGAAUCUAAUCGCGUUGAUCGCCGGGUUUUACCACAUACGACAUCCCCAAAAGGGUCCAGAUCCACCGCACCCGGUAUCGUUUUUCACGGUGCCUUUGUUUCAUGUGUUCGGGUUCUUCAUGCUAGCGAGGGCGUUUUCGAUGGGAGAAACGGCGGUUUUCACCGAGAGAUUUGAAUUUGAGGGAAUGUUGAGAGCGAUAGAGAAGUACAAGGUAACGUACAUGCCAGUUUCGCCGCCGCUCGUCCUGGCGUUAACUAAAUCAGAUUUGACUAUCAAGUAUGACAUCAGCUCGCUUCUGAUGCUCGGAAGUGGCGGCGCUCCGCUUGGCAAGGAGGUUGCUGAGCGGUUCAAGGAGAAAUUCCCCGCCGUGGAGCUUGUUCAAGGUUAUGGGCUGACCGAGACGGGAGGAGGAGCUGCCAGGGUGAUAGGGCCCGAGGAGGCAGCUCGGUACGGGACAGUCGGCCGCCUUUCUGAAAAUACGGAAGCCAAGAUAGUUGAUCCAGUGACCGGAGAAGCCUUGCCUCCUGGGCAGAGAGGGGAACUAUGGUUGCGAGGGCCAACAGUAAUGAAAGGUUACAUAGGGGACGAAAAGGCAACCGCGGAAACCAUGGAUUCGGAAGGGUGGUUAAAAACCGGGGACAUAUGUUAUUUUGACUCACAAGGGUUUCUCUACAUCGUAGAUAGAUUAAAAGAAUUGAUCAAAUACAAGGCAUAUCAGGUCCCUCCAGCUGAAUUGGAACAUUUACUUCAUUCCCAUCCCGAAAUCUCUGAUGCAGCCGUCAUUCCGUACCCUGAUGACGAAGCCGGGCAGAUACCUAUGGCCUAUAUAGUGAGACAGCCUGGAAGUAGUAUCAGUGAAGCUCAAAUCAUGUAUUACAUCGCGAAACAGGUUGCACCGUACAAGAAGAUCCGACGAGUUAAUUUUAUCGAUUCAAUCCCAAAAUCUCCAGCGGGAAAGAUCUUGAGGAGGGAGCUGGUUCAUCAUUCUUUAUCUGCUGGUUUGUCUAAAUUAUAAAUAUGUAUGUUUGUAUGUGUGUACGAAACCUUAUGAACUCUCAUUUCUUGGUACAAAAGCUGCCUUAUGAAAGGGAGAUUAUUGCUUUUUUCA